GCAAAUUCACCGAGCAAUUCAGGAGGAAAGCAAACUCUGGAGGACGCCAUUGUCGCGCAGAAACUAUUCCAUGAUUGCAAUGGCCACGUCCGCCUUGGCUGCCAAGGCUCCUUGUCUAGCAGGAAUUCCGAAUCCUGCCAGCAUUGCAGCUCGUCCAUCCUCCUCCUCUCGAGCACUUGUCGUACAUAACUAUUGGAGUCUGGAUUGCAACACAAGGCGAAGGCAUCAAAACGUUUGCACCAGGAUAACUAGUGAUUCAAUUCUGCAGUUGAGAAGGGAGUUUGGUGCGCACUCUGGAAUCCAUGUACAACGAAUGGUGCAAGUACGUGCUUCAGGUGAUUCUCGCAGGGAAGCAAAUGCGGACACGUCUUCUGUUUCAGAACGGGCCAGGAUACCUGAACCUGAGGGGUCGUCAGACACUCCUGCGAGCACAUCAGGAAGGCCUUCAGAUCCUGAAGGGAAUGGUGCUCUCUACUGGCUCAUUGGAGGCCUUGCCUCCAUCGGCGCAUUGGAGACGGCUUAUCUGACGUACGAGAAACUCACCGGGGGCCCAGUUGCAUGCGGCCUGGGAGCAGGAGGAGUGGGAGGAUGUUCAGACGUUCUGGACAGUGAAUAUGGGACGCUAUUUGGCGUCCCCUUGUCGCUCUUUGGCUUGGCAGCCUACUCCUUGGUCCUCAUACUCUCUCAGCUCACUAGGAGCGACCAAGCCUCAAACCCCUCGGCCCCUAGCCUCAACAAAUGGCUCCUUUUGGCGGCCACCUCAGCGAUGACCGCAGCCAGCGGUUACUUUAUGUACAUUCUCAACUUCAAGCUGACGGGAGCAACGUGCACCUACUGCGUUGGAUCAGCGGUCCUGAGCACUAGCCUUUUGCUUGCGACUCUUACGGGUUUCAAGGGCCCCGACCUGCGGAAGGCCGUCGCUCCUCAGCUCGGGCUCAGCCUUGCGGUCGUCCUCGCGCUGUCGCUCGCCUUUGCUGAUGUCAGGUCCGCAUCUGCAGGCUCUCCAGACGACAUCGACCUCGCUCCCGUCGAGCCCGAGAUCACGACCGUGUCGUCGUCCGCGGGGACCGCUCUCGCGAAGCACCUCAAGUCGAUCGGGGCCAAGAUGUACGGCGCCUUUUGGUGCUCGCACUGCUUCGAGCAGAAGCAGGCAUUCGGACAAGAGGCGAUGCAGUACGUUGACUAUGUUGAGUGCUACCCCGACGGUUAUCGGAGGAACGUAACUUUAGCCAAGCCCUGCGUAGAUGCCAAAAUCGAAGGGUUUCCGACGUGGGUCAUCGACGGAAAGCUGAUAUCUGGGGAGCAGGAUUUGAAACAGCUGGCCAUCGUAUCCAAGUUUGAUCCAUCGACCAUCACCCAAUAGACUGGCUGAGCACGUUGAACGUUGUGUCCACCAUUCGGGAGCUACCUAUCCAGCGAGUUGCAAGUAACUCCGCUUAUUUGGCCACAUAUGUCAACAGCUUAUUGUUUGUUGUUCCUUCUUUUUUGCCGAAGAACACAGGCCAGAGGGCAUAGAUGGGGUCCGUACUUGUGCAAAAUACAGUACGCUGUGCUGCAAUAUGCGACGCGAUAGUCAGACUUCCAUGAUUGGGCUC